AUGGAGGAAGAACUAAGCCCUGCUAUAAUAGCAGCAAGGGCAAGACUAAGAGCAUCGCAGCAAUUAGGAGGAAAAGGGACAGCAAGAAGGAAGGCAGCAAAGACACAUAGAGGGGGAGCAGCAGGAGCAGCAGCAGCAGCAGGAGGAGAGGAGAAGAAACUGCAGCAAACAAUAAAGAAAAUUGGUGCUGCUGCUGUGUUUGGUGUAGAGGAGGUACACCUGCUGCAUGCAAAUGGUACAACUAUUUCCUUUAAAAGCCCCAAAGUGCAUGCAGCCCCAACAGCAAAUAUGUAUGUAUUAACAGGAGCAGCAGCAGCAACAGGAGCAGCAGCAGGAGGUGAAGAAAAAGGAGGUAUAAAUAAUACAUUAUCUGCAACAUCAAGAGCUGCUGCAGUUGUUGCUGCUGCUGCAGCAGCAGCAGGUAAUAAUACAGAGGCAGCAGCAGACAUUGCUGCUGCACUUAAUAUAGAUCCAAGUAAUAUACUUAAUGUAAUAAAUAAAGGAGAUAAAAAAGGAGACAAAAAAGGAGACAAAAAGGCAGACACUAGUGAUGAUGAUGUACCUUCUCUUGUUGAAAACUUCGAGGCUGCAGCAAAAGAAUAA